CCGGGCUUGUAAAACACAACAGCCUUUGUCUGGCCAGCCCUCAGAGCUGCAAGGAGCUUUCCAAGUGUGCUGCUACACCAGAAACAGCUUCUCUACAGUGGAGUUAAAAGCAUUUCUUCCAAUAUCAUGGAUGCUCGAAGGGUUUGUCUGAUGUUCUGCCUUCUCCUGCUGGCACACUGCACACUCCAGCAGACCUCCUCAAAGAAAAGAAACAGCAAGAAAGACUCCGCAAACAGUGCUGCGAUCGAGGAGCUGAAGAACCAGAUCACUGAAAUUGUUCAAGAGCUGAAUUUGGUGAAAGAGCAGCAGGCUUUACAGACAGUUUGUCUGCGAGGCACCAAAAUCCAGGGCAAGUGUUUCCUGUCUGACCCGGUGAAGAAGACCUUCCAUGCAGCCAGCGAAGACUGCUUCUCCAAGGGAGGCAGUCUGAGCACUCCUCUGACAGGAGACGAGAACGAGCAGCUUUACCAGUACGUACGUCAGAGCAUUGGCCCCGAGGAGCCCAUCUGGCUGGGCGUCAAUGACAUGGUGACCGAGGGCCAGUGGUUGGACCAAUCAGGCUCCAGCGUGCGCUUCAAGAACUGGGAGACAGAGAUCACCCUGCAGCCGGACGGAGGGCGCAGCCAGAACUGUGGUCUCCUUUCCACCACGGCACACGGGAAGUGGUUUGAUGAGAGCUGCCGAGCUGAAAAGGCUUCUGUGUGCGAGUUCAACAUCGUCUGAGGGGCUGCUGUCGACUUAAAUAUCUCAUCAUCUGUGCAGAUCAACACGUGUAUGAAGAUCAAAUUCUGCGCGCAGAA